CCCCUUCGCUUCCACCUUGCGCGUUCUGUGGAUAUCACGACUUCCGAUUGCCACUUCAAAUACAUUUUGCGCCUAGGUGAAUGAACAUUCUGAGGACAAGCGAUGUGGCUUACGCACUAAACCUGCCGCCACCGGACUGAAGAUCGUGAGAGUGGAGCCAUGGAGCCUCGGACAGAUAAGCGGCUCUGAAAGCGACCGGAUCAGCCAGCCCGCCGACCUAGCGGCUGAGCGGUGUAGAAAGAGAGGUAAGGGUAGCGACGGUUGCUCGUCGUGUGACAAGCAAUGGGUCCCAGCGUGUGAAAGGAUCGUCGUAGCACUGUGCCUUGCCCGCGCACAGGAUAAGAUAGCGCACCCGCACGCACUUUCACGAAUUGCUUUGUUUAUCAAAUUCGACAUUUCACUGGAUAUCAUCACAUGCUCGCGUCGUUAGGACGAGCCCUAAUCGCUUUAUUAGCAACAACACGCCAUGUCUCGGGCUCAAGCAGCAGCGAGCAGGACCAAUUCAAAGAUGUACAGUGGGAUGACGACAACUGGAUGAUUCGCACACAUGCCUUAGAUCCAGGCCACUACCAGUCCCGUUUGACCCUUGCCAAUGGAUAUUUCGGUAUCAAUGUCGCCUCUGCGGGGCCAUUUUUCGAAAUCGACGAGCCCGUAGACGGUAACGUUAUCAGCGGAUGGCCCCUCUUUAGCAGGCGCCAGACGUUCUCGACGAUUGCCGGCUUUUGGAACAGUCAGCCUCGGACUAAUGGCACGAACUACCCCUGGUUGUAUCAGUAUGGUUGGGAAAGCUUUGUUGCUGGCAUCCCACAUUGGAGCGGGCUUCAGGUUGAAGCGAACGGAGAGUUGCUGAAUGCAUCGGUCAACCCAGAACACAUCACAGACUUCGUUUCGAGUCUCGACGUCAAGGCCGGUAUCGCGAGCUGGCGGUAUAAUUGGAAGCCUGGUGGCUCCGAAGAUGGUGUCAUUGAUGUGGAUUACCAGCUGUUUGUUCACAAGCUCUACGUCAAUAAGGCAGCUGUCAGGCUGCGGCUUAUGGCGACUCGCGAUGUCAACGUCACAGUAUAUGAUGUACUUGAUGGUGAUUGCGCCGUUCGAUCAGACUUUGUCGACAAGAAGUACGAGGAAGAUUCACCGACCAUUUGGUCUGCUGUUCAGCCGGGCAACAUCACCAAUGUUACAGCCUAUGUUUAUUCGACACUCACUGGCAGCGACUGGGUGGACUUCAGCACUCGCGAGCAAGUCGAUGAAGGCUUCUUCAGCGAUGGUAAUGCCUGGCGGCCAACUGAGCUGAGUAAGUUCAUUGGCGUUGCAUCGACCGAUGCCUUCCCGGAUCCACAAGCUGUUGCGAAAGAAGCCUCCGAAUCCGGCGCUGAAGAGGAGUGGGGGACGAUACUUACCCUGGAUUCAGUAGACGACUACUACCUGCAGAACGGUUCACUUCCUAAGGAUCCCAAUAUCCAGGAACUUCACAUCUUGGCCCGAACGAACCCAUUCUAUCUGUUGUCAAACAUGAUCGGUCCAAAUGCCGUGACUGCAGCUGGCAACAAUACGCAGCUCAACAUUCACAGUGUUCCGGUCUGUGGAUUAGGAUCUGACUGUUACGGAGGCAUGAUCUUCUGGGACGCUGACGUAUGGAUCGCACCCGGUGUUCAAGUUUCUCACCCGCAACAUGCGCAGAACAUCAUCAAUUACAGGGUCGAGCAUUUCGAACAGGCGAAAAGGAACGUUGAGACCGCGUACACGUCAAGCAAGAAUCAGACUGGGAGGUUUACGCCUGGUGGUGCAGUCUACCCUUGGGCGAGUGGCCGAUUCGGCAACUGCACAGGGACCGGAGCUUGCUUUGACUACGAGUACCAUCUCAAUGGUGAUAUCAGUCUAGCCUUCAACAAUCACAUGAUCAUCACCGGCGAUCAAGAGUACUUCAAGGACACCCUACUACCCAUCUCGAACGCCAUUGCGCACUUCUUCGGACAAGUACUGGAUUUCAACGAGACCUCAGGCGCAUUUGAGCUAUGGAACGCCACCGGUCCUGACGAGUAUGCCAAUCAAGUCAACAAUGCUGGCUAUACGACUGCACUCAUUCAACGACAGUUUCUCGAGACGAAUGAGUUCAAUAGCCGGUUUGGACUGAGCCCCAAUGCCAGCUGGGCGGACAAGGCCGCCAAGAUGCGCCUUCCCAUCAAUGAAAAUGCGGGCAUCAUUGUUGAAUACGCAGGAAUGAACGGUUCAGUCCAAGUCAAACAGGCAGAUGUUGUCUUGGUAGACGAUCUAUUGCAUUACCCCAACCCGUACAGUCUGUCCAACCUCGAUUACUACGCUGCUAAGCAAUCACUCGACGGGCCAGCCAUGACAUAUUCUUCGUUUGCAGUUGUUGCGAACGAAGUGUCUCCGUCUGGAUGCUCCAGUUUCACAUACAAUCUGUACUCAGCAUUACCAUAUGUACGAGCUCCUUGGUAUCAGUACUCCGAACAGCUGAUGGACAAUGUUGAAGAGAACGGAGGUACACACCCCGCGUUUCCCUUCUUGACUGGUAUGGGUGGAACGAACCGUGUCGCUAUCUUUGGGUACUUGGGCUUGGGCUUGUAUUACGACAAGUUGGACGUCGACCCUUCACUGCCUACGCAGAUCGAGUAUUUGAACUACCGCACGUUUUACUGGAUGGGCCACGGGAUCAACGCUACAUCUAACACCACUCACACAACUCUCGCUCGCCUGCCUCGAGGACAGUACACACUUCCCACUGUGGACGCAACGUACUUCGUCAAGCCCAUCCCAGUUACGAUUGGCACCCGCAGCGGCCGCAACAGCACCAUUCUAGAGCUCGGCGACGAACCCCUCGUGAUUCGCAACCGUCCCAUGGGUGAGACACUCACUGUUGCUGGCAACCUCUUGCAAUGUGGCACCCUUCUUCCACCUCCUCAAGGCAACAAGCCGGGCCAGUUUCCUGUUGCAGCCAUCGACGGCGCAGCAAGUACCAAGUGGCAACCUGAGUUCUCGAACGUCACCAGCUACCUUACCAUUGACCUCGGUGACUCUUCUUUCUACCCGGUCAAAAAGAUCGCAAUGGACUGGGGCAACCAGCCGCCUAGACAUUUCGAGGUGUACUUUACCAACUCAUCAUUGCCGCCAUUCUCUAUGCAGACAGAGAGCGAUGAAAUUAGGAACGUCACAACGGGCAAAGUACAGAUAAGUGCGCCAUGGGACCCUGUAACAGCGUAUGAAAUUAGAGCGUACGUUGGAAAUCAGACGAACAUUACCUUGAACAAUUGUGUAUGGAGUGGACGAUUUGCACAUCUAGGUGUGAAAGGUAACCAGUAUAGCGAAAGCACGACAGAGGGAGGAACAGUGGCGGAAUGGAACUUGAUACGUGGGAUUUGAAGUAGACAACGCAGAUGGAUGGAUGGAUGGAUG